GAGCCCACGGCCUCCACCGCCAGAGCCUCGCCUUCCUUUCUCCCUCUGCAGACAUAUCGAGACACAAAAAGAGAGGCCACCCCGAGAGCAGCGCGAGGGACCCGCCCGCACCAUGACCGAGACCACCAAGACCCACGUUAUCUUGCUCGCCUGCGGCAGCUUCAAUCCCAUCACCAAAGGGCACAUUCAGAUGUUCGAAAGAGCCAGGGAUUAUCUGCACAAGACUGGAAGGUUCAUCGUGAUUGGCGGGAUUGUCUCCCCUGUCCAUGACUCCUAUGGAAAACAGGGCCUUGUGUCGAGCAGGCACCGCCUCAUCAUGUGUCAGCUGGCCGUCCAGAAUUCCGACUGGAUCAGGGUGGACCCAUGGGAGUGCUAUCAGGACACCUGGCAGACGACCUGCAGUGUGUUGGAACACCAUCGGGACCUCAUGAAGAGAGUGACUGGCUGCAUCCUCUCCAAUGUCAACACACCUUCCAUGACGCCUGUGAUCGGACAGCCACAACAUGAGACUUCCCAGCCCAUUUACCAGAAUAACAACGUGCCCACCAAGCCCACUGCAGCCAAGAUCUUGGGAAAGGUGGGAGAGAGCCUCAGCCGGAUCUGCUGCGUCCGCCCGCCGGUGGAGCGCUUCACCUUCGUCGAUGAGAACGCCAACCUGGGCACAGUGAUGCGGUACGAGGAGAUCGAGCUGCGGAUCUUGCUGCUGUGCGGUAGUGACCUGCUGGAGUCCUUCUGCAUCCCAGGGCUCUGGAACGAGGCAGAUAUGGAGGUGAUUGUUGGGGACUUUGGGAUUGUGGUGGUGCCCAGGGAUGCAGCUGACACAGACCGAAUCAUGAAUCACUCCUCAAUACUCCGCAAAUACAAACACAACAUCAUGGUGGUGAAAGAUGACAUCAACCAUCCCAUGUCUGUUGUCAGUUCAACCAAGAGCAGGCUGGCCCUGCAGCAUGGGGACGGCCAUGUCGUGGAUUACCUGUCCCAGCCGGUCAUCGACUACAUCCUCAAGAGCCAGCUGUACAUCAACGCCUCCGGCUAGCAGCCACACAGCCCUCCGCUCCACUCUCCCCUCGUCCUCGGCCAACACACUGGGCCCUCCAGCCUCUGCCAGUCCCCGUUUCUCUCCCGCCUCUCUGUUUCUCCAUCUCCUCAUCUUGACUGUUCUCCCCACUUGCUGACUGAACCCCCCACAGUGUGGGGGACCUGCAGAGAACCAUGGCAUUUCCUAUUCCACAGUCAUCUUGGAACAAACUUUCCUCUAGUCUCCGGGUUGGGGGUGGGUGAGGAAAUAGGGGUGGGAGUUGGAGGAAGUGCAGUCUUUGGAGAUGUACUGGUGUCCGUCUCCCAGCAUGCUCUGGGGAGGCGGCUCUGGCUCUCGCCUUCCCAGCAUGCCCUUUACCACAAAGGGCUAUUUUUCUUUUCUUUUUAUUUGUUUAUUUGUUGUUGUUGUUCAAUCUUUGUAGAACUUGGGUGUAAUCAGAGUCCACGGUUCUUCAUGUUUGUAGUCUUGAUGCACUCCUGUGGUGUUACUUCCCUUUGGUAGGACAGUGUAGCCGGUCUCAGCACUCAGUAAGUGCACGGGGGCCACCUCCACUUCUCCAACACGCCCCCCCACACACUCACACACGUGCACACGGCAGCGGCAGCAGCAGCAGCAGCAGCUUUUGGUCAGGAGUGAGACUUCCAGGUCCUGAAACCCUAGAGGCAAGUCUGGGAAUAGUUAGUAGGGUUUCUCAGAAGAAUUUGAGUCCAUUUCCUUAGUUUCAGAAUUCGUUUUCCUGAUGCUUCUGGACCUGUGAUCACACAGAGCUAGUCCAUCCUCAUUUCCCAGUGGCACGUGUGCAUUGACUUAUGUGG